UUUCUCCCCAAACAAAUGUCAGCUCAGGCCGCUGGGGAGGCGAAACACAGGGCUCUAUUGAGAGAGCAAGGGACAAAUAAAAAAAAAAAAAAAAAAAAAAAGAAAGAAAAGGAAAAAAAAAAAAAUUGGCCGGGCUGCAGGCCAGCAGCACAGAGGGACGUGCCCAGAGCGGGGAAGUGUCGCAGAGCGGGGCCCCUGCAGCCUGCCCGAAAUGUGGGGAGCAGCGGCCGCCCCGUGCCUGCUGCCCGCUGCCUGGCUCCUGGCGCUGCACGCAGGGGUUUUUCCCCUUUUUCGGAGGGCCGGGACGCGGCGCCCGCUGUCUCCCCCACAUCCCCAGGUCUGCUGGCGGGGGUGAACAUCACCAGCCCGUCGGCACUGGUGCGCGGCACGGCAGGCAAGGCGGCGCUGCUGUCGGUGCGCUAUGCCAGCGCCAGCCCUGACAAGCCGGUGGUGAAGUGGCAGCUGAAGCGGGACAAGCCUGUCACCGUCGUCCAGUCCAUCGGCACCGAGAUCAUCGGCAACCUGCGGCCCGACUACCGCGACCGCAUCCGCGUGCUGGAGAACGGCUCGCUGCUCAUCAGCCCACUGCAGCUGGCUGAUGAGGGUGCCUACGAGGUGGAGGUCUCCAUCACCGAUGACACCUUCACUGGCGAGAAGACCAUCAACCUCACUGUGGACAUCCCCAUCUCAAAGCCGCAAGUGCUGGUGGCCUCCUCGACGGUGCUGGAGCUCAGCGAGUUCUUUACCCUCAACUGCUCACAUGAGAACGGCACCAAGCCCACUUACACCUGGCUGAAGGAUGGGCGGCCACUGAGCAACGACUCCCGCCUUCUCCUCUCCCCCGACCAGAAGAUCCUCACCAUCACCCGUGUCCUCAUGGCUGAUGACGAUGUCUACAGCUGCCUGGUGGAGAACCCCAUCAGCCACGGCCGCAGUAUCCCUGUGAAGCUCACUGUCUACCGCCGGAGCUCCCUCUACAUCAUCCUCUCCACGGGUGGCAUCUUCCUCCUUGUAACCCUGGUGACUGUUUGUGCCUGCUGGAAACCAUCUAAGAAACCAAAGCAGCAAGUGGAGCCGCCCCCCCCCUGACUACACCGAGCAGGAUGAGGAGCACCCCAAGCACGAGGCUGAGACCAUGCCGCGCGGCACCGACCACGACCGCAAGGCCCCGCUGGCCCUGUACAUCCUCAAGGAGCAGGACACCCCAGCACCCCAGGAGGAUUCACCGCCGCCUGCCGGGCGCUCGCCGGGGCGAGGGGCUCGCCGCUA